AGAACCCCGUCCCCGUACCGAGAGAUCCCAGACAGAGGAAAACACAACCCCCCGCGCCGUGCCCGCCGGCGACGCCACAUUGCGAGGAGAGAAGCCUGAUCGAUCGCUCGAGGCGAGAUGGGCAGCGUCGCCAUGGAUUCCGACUACGGCGCGGCGCGCGAGCUGUCGAGCCUCCAGAAACAGCGCGCGCUCUACCGCCCCGUGCUCCCGCCCUGCCUCCAGGGCACCACGGUGAAGGUGGAGUACGGCGGCGCGGCCAUCGCCGCGGACAGCGGGGACUCGCAUGUCAUCAGCCAUGCGUUCCCACACACGUACGGCCAGCCGCUGGCGCAUUUCCUACCCAAGACGGCCAAUGUCCCGGACGCUGCCGUCGUAACAGAGCACCCUGUCGUCAGGGUUGGUGUCGUCUUCAGUGGUAGGCAAUCCCCAGGUGGGCACAAUGUUAUAUGGGGACUACAUGAUGCUAUAAAUGCUCACAACCCAAACAGCAAACUUAUCGGUUUUCUUGGUGAGUGGAUGUUGGUUUAUUCAGAAUGGUCCAAUUAA